AUGAUUCAACAUCCUGGAAUCAAGAAUGAAACAGCAAUUAUUUUGAAAGGACUUCAGGGAACAGGUAAAAACAGAUUUACAGACAUUAUUUCUGAACUUCUCGCUGGUUAUUCAUGUAAAAACAUUACUGAAAUAAGUGAGCUAACGGGUAAUUUCAAUUCAAAAGUUGAGAAUAAAAUGUUUCUUGUACUUAAUGAACUCAAGAAUGUAGGUGAAGACAGACUCGCAAACUUCAACGCUUUGAAAUCAAUUAUAACGGAUAAUGAGAUUAGAAUUAAUGAAAAGAAUCAACCCAGAAGAACUGCUCAGAAUGUUGCAAACUUCAUUUUCGUAACUAAUAACGUCUACCCUGUCAAAAUUGAAGUUGGAGACAGAAGAUACGUAGUUUUAAGAGUUAAUGGUAAAUUCAAGGGUCAAUUUGAUUACUUCAAGAAUUUGAUGAAUUCAUGCACAAAGGAAUUUUAUGAUAAUUUACUGACGUAUUUUAUCAAUUACGACCUUUCAUCAUUUAAUGUACGAAUCAUACCGAUGACUGAAGCCAAACAAGAUUUAAUAGAAUUAUCAACAAAUCCUUUAGAUGUAUGGAUAAAUACACAUUAUGAUGAAUUCUGUGCAGGUAUGACGUGUAAAAAUGCUCUAUUCUGCAAACCAUCAGACAUGAAAGACAAGAAUUUCCAAAUGAGUAUUAAGGAUAAAUGUGAUAGGAAACAUAGAAAAAUAGACGAUAAACAAACAUGGUGUUAUGUUUUGAAAGAAGAAAUGAAAGGAUUAUAUAAACAGGUUGAACCAAAUGAUAAUGAUGAUUCAUUUACUGACGAUGAAAUACCUGUAAAUGAAGCUUUAUAA